AUGUUUUCAAGCAUCCAAUUUGACGCGACCUCCGCCUUCUCCGGCGGCGGAUUCAUGCCUUCUCAGUCUCAGCUAGCGGUUUCCAAUCCUUCAGCAGCGAGAGUAAGUUUUUACUCUUCAAUUAUGUCUUCCGAGUCUUCAUCCACAAUUGUAGCCUCUGUUUUAUCACCAUUGACAGUGAAGCUUAUAAGUGAAGCUUCGCAGUCGGGUGAUGACAAAUCAAAUUUUGUGGUCAACGGCUCAGAGGUCACCAAUGUUACGUUGGUUGGAAUAGUGUUCAGCAAAGAAGAAAGGGCUUCUGAUGUUACUUUCACUCUAGAUGAUGGAACUGGGCGAAUUGUAUGCAAAAGAUGGGCAAGCGAGGUUUUCGACACAAAGGAAAUUGAGGCUGUGGAAGAUGGAAUGUAUGUUCGUCUCAAUGGGCACUUAAAAAGCUUUCAAGGCAAAAAGCAGUUAGUUGCCUUCUCUGUGAGUUCCAUCUUUUUAGUGGCUACGAGUUAUGAAGCAAAUCAGUUUCUGGAGGAGCUGUGUGAUUUUCAGAUGCUUGGAAUGUAUGAUGCCUUUCGAACUCUUGCGGGGAAGCUAAGACCUGUUGUGUUUGGGGCUGUGUUUGGUGCUCUGUUUGGGGCUGUGUUUGGUGUUCUGUUUUGGAUGCAAGGGAACCUAAAUAUGAGAUAUGGAUUCAGGUUUCAGACUUAG